UUUGGCCAAGCACAUGGAGGAACUCUGCUCUCUUGACCAUCUCAUCCAGGAGAUAGAAGAGAAGCUUCAGCAACCAGCCAGCAAACUCUUACAGGACAUUGGAAGCGUCUUGAAGAAGUACCAGGCUAAGGAAACAUAUGAGAAUCCACAGGAUUUACUUUUAGAGCCGAAGUGGACAAUAUCAGAUUAUAGUGAUAUCACUGGGCUUCUGAAAAGUGCCAUGAAAAAAUUGAGAGAUACUCUGAAAAGUGGACUUCAUCUACAGAAAGUGAAUGUAAUUCUGGAUCCAGACACAGCCCAUCCUGACCGCCUGGACAUCUCCGACUAUCAAAAACGCGUCAAAGGACGUAAACCAGCUAAAGCAAUAUAUCUUGUCCCAGACCCCAUAAGAUUUGUAUAUAAUCCUUACGUCCUGGGCUGUCAGAGGUUCUCAACAGGGAGAUAUUUCUGGGAAGUUACGGUAGGAGAUACAGCAGGAUGGGGUGUAGGGGUUGCCAAAAAGCCACCAAACGUAAUAAAUGUUGAUGGGCAGACCAGGCGCUGGCAGGUUAGGAAAUUGAGAGGGAAAUACACGAUCUCCUCUCCCUUAGCACGCUCGGAACUGGUCCUGAGUGAGGAGCCCACGAGGAUCCGCGUCUCUCUCAACUGCGAAGGGGGACAAGUGAGCUUUUUUGAUGCCAGGACUGCAGCUCUGCUCCAUACAUUCUCAGACGCUUCUUUGGUUGGAGGCACCCUUCUGCCCUGUUUCUAUUUGGAUGAUGGUGCCUGCCUGACACUCACCUAAAAGAGGGGACAUCCAUAGACAAAACUUUGGAAAAAUCCCUAUUUGACAAGCUUUAAAGCAGAGGUUCCUGAGCUUUUUGCUGCUAUACUUCAACAAUAGCCUGUAGACCAUUGGUUCCCAAACUUUUUCAGUCCACCGCCCCCUUGGUGCU